AUAUAUAUAUAUAUAUAUAUAUAUAUAUAAACAUCAACAACCGGGAAGAACAUAGGCAUAGGCAUAGCGAAGCUGAUAUCGGCAAAUAAAUAAAACCAUGGGAGAGAAGGUUGUUAGUUUGAGAGAGGCAGAGAGAGGGUUGAAGCCACACUUUGUGCUGGUGCAUGGUAUAGGUGGAGGAGGUUGGUGCUGGUACAAAAUCCGGUGCCUUAUGGAGAAUUCAGGCUAUAGGGUGUCAUGUGUUGACCUCAGAAGCGCUGGAAUAGAUCAAACACAUGCCGAUUCCCUGCUUUCUUUUGAUGAUUACAAUAAGCCACUCAUGGACUUCAUGUCUGCUUUGCCCGACAAUGAACAGAUAAUCUUGGUGGGGCAUAGUGCUGGUGGGCUGAGUGUAACUGAGACUACUCAUAAGUUUGCAAAGAAAAUCCGACUGGUGGUGUAUGUGGCAGCAACCAUGCUAAAAUUGGGCUACAUGACUGAUGAAGAUGUCAAGGAUGGAGUACCUGAUUUAUCUGAAUAUGGCGACGUGUAUGAGUUAGGAUUCGGAUUGGGUCCUGAUCAACCUCCCACAAGUGCCCUUGUGAAGAAAGAAUAUCAGCGCAAAAUUAUCUAUCAUUUGAGCCCUCCCGAGGAUUCCACACUAGCUGCCAUGCUUUUGAGGCCAGGACCAAUCAAAGCAAUAAAGAAUGCUCGUUUUGUGGCGGUGGCAGAUGAGGAUCAUAACGUAGAUAAGGUUCCACGCAUCUACAUUAAGACAAUGUAUGACAGAGUGGUGAAACCAGAGCAACAAGCUGCGAUGAUAAAGAGGUGGCCACCAUCUGACGUGUAUGUCUUGGAUAGUGACCACAGUCCCUUCUUCUCCACUCCAUUUCUGCUCUUCGGCUUGCUUGUAAAGGCUGUGGCUUCUCUUGGUUUUGGAUUGAACCACCUAUGACUAUGACUAUCACUAUCCAUUUCUAUUCUCUAAUAACAACGCACCAUUCUAUUUUUUUUUCUUUCUGGGUAAAUUUACAAAAAAAAAAAAAAAAAAAAAAAAAAAGCCCCUUUUACUAUCUCGCCGAAACAGAUUGCAAAGUCACCAUCUUUGUGUGCUUUAGUUUUAGUCAAUUUGUCCUGUUUAAACUUAAUAAGAGAGCAAUUAUACAAAUCAAUUAAUAGUGAACUACUACUCUUUAUUUUAUUCUUUGGAUUGGUCAAUUAUGCAUGCCUUCAUCCAAUAAUCCAGUAGUGUGUAUACUGUUAUAGUA